UAACCAUGUUUGAGGUCAAUUUCAAGAGAAUGGAAUGUGUGGUGUGUAAAGUGGAGUGUUAGAUUACAGUCUAUAGUGUUCAGUUGAACAAUGUUACAGUUAAUUUUAUUAAUUAUAAUUCUCCAGAGGACAGGAGAAGGAAAACCGCAGUAUCUUGAACUAGGAGGGGGAGGCACUUCCGUUGAGAUUGAAGAAGCUGGAGUUCAGUCUGAACAGUCUGGGGAACAGGAAGAAACACAGAAAAUAAGAGAGAAGAUUGGUGCUGGGGUGCAAGAGCUUCAUGAAGCUCUGAAAACGUUACCUGAUUCUAAAGCUGCUCUUCUAGAGAUGAAGGUAAAAGAUAAUGAAACGAACAGCACUAAAACACAAAACUUUUUGUAUCUUCCCAAAUCCUUCCAGUAUACCAUUACCAACUGUUUUUGUGGAGGUAAUUGUCAGGAAAUUCAUGACCCAGAAACAUGGAAAUGCAAUGAUACAUGUCGAAGAAUCUGCAAGACUCCAUGCACUGUUUGUGGCACUAGACAGACCUAAUCUAAAAUAAUGAAAAUGAAAAUAAUACCUCAAAACAUCAAGAAUAAAAAUCAAUGAUUGUAUAAUAUGAUGAAAAAAGUUGACAAUUGAAGAUAACAAAAUUUGAAGAUUUACAAUUGGGAAUAAAAUUAUAAUUUUAGUAUUUUGAAAAUAAACUCAUACCUCACUUCAAA